AGUACAUGUAGCUAACCUACUUUCUACUGCAUCUUAAGAACGACGAAAACGCACGCAAAUGCAAACUGAAAAACAAUGUACCGAAUUUCACAUAUGGCACAAUUAUGGCGCGGCGCUCUCGAGGCAGGUGGCUUUAUGGCGCCAACAACAAGGAAGCUCUAUCGGUGGUGAGUGAAAACCAGUCCAUAUUCGAGUCGCCCUUCAGUGGUCCCCAGGCCAUGCACAUGAAGGGAGAGAUCACCUCGCCUGCAGUGUUCAGACAGGGUUCUGAAGAGAGCGUAGAACCCACUGAGCCAGACUGGACCGGAUCGGCCACACAGAACCCUGCGAAGAGAGCAGAACACAUCAACGGAACCAGCCGUGAGUCCCCAGUGGACUGCAGUGUGACUAAAAAGACCCGACACAUGAGUAACAGUGAUGGGGGACCUUUGGCCUACCAGGCCUCUUACCCAGAGCCACGGAGCAGCCCACAGACUGCCACCCCACCCAGCAGCGCCACAGAGGAGAAGAGAGUAAUUGUACCAGCGGACCCAGAAGUAUGGACACAAGACCAUGUGCGGCAGUGGGUAGAGUGGGCAAUAAAGGAAUACAGCCUUUCCGAUGUGGACGCGUCCCUCUUCCAUACUCUGGAUGGAAAAGCGCUCUGCAAAAUGACCAAAGAGGACAUGAUGCGUCUUACUACCGCAUACAAUACAGACAUCCUGCUCUCCCAUCUAAACUACCUCCGGGAGAGUAGCCCCACUUUUUCCUACCCUGCAACCCCUACCAAUACAGAACCACAGCCUAGACUACAGGUUAAAGCUGAAAACUGCUUUGAGGAGAUCGGCAGAAGGAACAGUUGGUCCUCAAGCGCCUUACCAGCUGUCCCAAAAGGUUCUCCAAUCGAACAUCAGCACAACACCAGAAUUACAGAGCCUCCACCAAGACUUCCACAAGACCCCUACCAAGCAUUAGGUCCCAUCAGCAGCCGUCUUGCAAAUCCAGGCUCUGGUCAGAUCCAGCUGUGGCAGUUCUUGUUGGAGCUGCUGUCUGACAGCAACAAUGCCUCCAUCAUCACCUGGGAGGGCACUAACGGAGAAUUCAAGAUGACCGACCCAGACGAGGUAGCCAAGCGCUGGGGGGAGCGAAAGAGCAAGCCUAACAUGAACUAUGACAAGCUCAGCCGGGCCCUCCGCUACUACUAUGACAAGAACAUCAUGACCAAGGUGCAUGGCAAACGCUAUGCAUACAAAUUCGAUUUCCAGGGCAUCUCCCAAGCCCACCAAAACCAUCCUCCAGAAGGGGGCGUGCUCAAAUACCAGGCUGAAGUGCCAUAUGUACAAAGCUACCACAGCCACCAGCCAAAAAUGAACUUCAUGGGCACUCAUUCAACCCCUAUGCCCGUUUCCACUGGGAAUUUCUUUGGGCCUCCAACCACCUACUGGAACUCUGCAACAGGAGUGGUGUAUCCCAGCUCACCCAUGCCACGACAUCCCAGCACUCACUCUCAUUUGAACUCUUACAAUGCCUGGCAUGAAAUAAUAAAUAAUUAG